CACCUUUUCAGCUUCGCUGCAGCGCGAACUUUUGUUCAAACAUUCGUUACAACUCGUAUGUUUGCCUUCAGAGUUGAAACAGCAGCCUGAACUUCACGAGUGGCUCGCCCUGUUAAUGUAGCUGAUAGCUCACUGUGCACAGUGGCUAAAGUUUUGACAUUGACUCCUCCAUGAACACACACACACCCUGCGUGACUGUUGGAGGAUGGAUGCCCUCACCCAGAUGCUGACAGACCCUCUGGACCCCAAAGAAGAAAACUAUGGACAGAUAACCGAAGAAUGCAUGCUGGGGAACUGUACGGUGAACCUCCCGGAGGACCUGCUGGAGGAUCCUGAAAUCUUCUUCUCCGUGAUGAGCGAAAGCACGUGGAGCGAAGUGCUGUCCGAUUCCCAGAGGCAACACCUCCGUCAGUUCUUGCCACAGUUUCCCAACACCAACGUGGCGGAGCAGGACAGCACCGUCAGGGACCUGUUCAACAACAGAGACUUUAACUUCGGGAAUCCCCUUCAUCUCGCGCAAAAGCUGUUCAGAGAUGGUUACUUCAAUCCAGAGGUGGUCAAGUACAGACAGCUGUGCGGCAAGUCCCAGAGGAAGCGACAGCUGUACUGCCUUCAGCAGUAUUGCCACAGAUUGUUGAAGCAGAUCCUCGUCUCCAGAAAGGAGCUGCUGGAGUUCGCAGUUCACAACGGCCUGGACUUUCCACCCAAAAAAAAGCUACCGUCCAAAACUCAUGCUGAAAUGCGGGAAACGAGGGUGAGAAGGAGACUGAGUCGUAUAUUGAAGGAGGUCAAAUCAGAGUGCGGAGACGGCAAUGCUUCAUCUGACGACGACGACAUAUCAUUGUGGACUCCAGGACCGCAAUCACCUUCCUCUCCGACACCCACCGUCUCGCUCAGAGUUCUUCCCAGCCUCUCCACACUAGACAUGAAGACUAAUGAAAAAAUCGAACUGGGGGAGCAGGAUUUGAAAGUCAUGCUGCAAAACCACCGGGAAAAGAGAAAGCGACAACCAGACCAUCCAGACAUGAUGACCUCUGACAUCCACCUUGGAGAUAUACUCUCAAGAACAAAUAUUGGUCGGAAGGGGACAGUGCCGCUGUUUGAUCUGUCUCUGCCUAAGAGGAAGAUAAAAGACGAGAGAAGGAAAAAGAAAAUGAGGACAAUAAAAGUGGAAUCUGAAGAUCCCUGCGAAAGCCUCACGCCUUCAGACACUCCAUCAGCUCCGCCGGCAAACAUCAUCAACUCCUUGCCGGACCCACCAUCUGCUCCACUGCCCAACAUCAAGGAGGAGAUUGUGGAGGAGUGUCAGAGCAGUCCGGUUGUAGUUGAGGAAAUGGCUGUGAGUUUUUUCAGCUUGUUGGAGACCAUCCUAAAGGCAGAACACCUCUCUAGCACUUCAACGUUGGAGGAUAAAGUUCACAUGUGGCAGUCGUCUCCAGCCAGCUCACUCAACGUGUGGUUUUCAUCCGUCCCUUGUUGGUCGGACUUGGUUCUUCAGGCGCUGCAGUUUCUCGCAGGAGAGACUAAAGAUGGCAUGAUGGCACUUCCUAGUGGCUUUUCACCAUUUGUGGAGUUUUCAGAUGAGUCUCAGCAGUGGAGGUGGAUCGGUCCCACUCAGGAUACAGAGAAAGAUCUCAGUGCACUCUGUCAGCUGUGGCUGGACUCCAAAGAUUUAGUUGUCAAGACAGAAAAUGAAGACAUGUUGGAGAUUACUUCUCCCGCACCAAGAGUUUCUACUGAUUAUGUAGUGCGGCCCAGCACUGGGGAUGAGAGACAAGUCUUUCAAAUCCAGGAGCAGCAGCGAUACAACCAGCCACAUAAAGCCUUCACCUUCAGGAUGCACGGCUUUGAGUCUGUGGUCGGGCCCGUUAAAGGAGUGUUCGACAAAGAGAUGUCUCUCAACAAAGCCAGGGAGCACACGCUGCUCCGCUCGGACCGGCCGCCAUACGUCACCAUUCUCUCUCUGGUGCGGGACGCUGCAGCCAGGUUACCCAAUGGAGAAGGAACAAGAGCAGAGAUCUGUGAACUGUUGAAGGACUCACAGUUUCUUGCUCCAGACGUGACCAGUGCACAGGUGAACACGGUUGUCAGCGGGGCUCUGGAUAGACUUCACUAUGAGAAAGACCCCUGUGUGAAGUACGACAUUGGCCGCAAACUCUGGAUUUACCUGCACCGCAGUCGCAGUCAAGAGGAGUUUGAGAGGAUCCACCAGGCUCAAGCUGCUGCUGCAAAAGCAAGAAAAGCCCUACAGCUGAAACCUAAACCUGCAUCCAAGCCUAAGGCUGGAAGUAAAGACGGGGGUAGUAAAAUCCCUGGAUGUCUGGAGGCAGGACAGGAUAUAGGUUCUAAUCCCAUGUCACCAACCCCUACAACACCCACCAUAAACACACCCGGAACCCCUAAAUCACCUUUACCCUGCACGGCCACCACACCAACAAAGACUGGAGUCCCGGAUACAAUCAAGUCCAGCCCAGGCGUUCUCCUUGUGUCUCCCCCCUCGUUGCCCCAACUGGGAGCCAUCCUACCCAGCAGUCAGGCCGGUCCACCGGCCUCGCAGCCAGUCACGUCCCAAAACGCGGCCCGGAUAGUGAGUCACCUGGCGGCAGGCUCCCUCCCUCAGGUGCGGGUCGUCUCUUCACACCCUGGUUUGAGUUCUUUGGCGGGAAGUCAGCAGGCCACGCUGGUACAUCAGACCUCUCACCAGAUCAGGAUGCCUGUGUCUGUGGCAGCCAAGGGGAUUUCACAGGCAGUGGUUUCCGUGCCUCUGAGGAGUCAGUCUGCUAGUAGUCCACUCCAGGUGACAACCACUCAGUCUGUGUCUGCUGUAGCCAAACCACAAACUGGAUCACCUGGUAGCCCGGCGAACAACCCGGCCUCCCCUGCUGUGCUGCAGGGAGUCGCCAGCCCAAAUAUCAAACAGGUUUCCAUCACAGGCCAGUUAGGAAUGAAGACUUCAGGAGGAGCAGGAAUUCCAAUAACGGCUACAAAUCUGCGCAUCCAGGGUAAAGACGUCCUACGUCUUCCACCAUCCUCCAUCACCACAGACGCCAAAGGUCAAACGGUGCUGCGGAUCACCCCUGACAUGAUGGCGACGCUUGCCAAAUCCCCAGUUGCGACCGUCAAACUCACCCCGGACUUCCUGAGCACCGCCUCCUCAGGCAGCAAAAGCAUAUCAGCCACUCUCCACGUGACGCCGCCCCACCCUUCACCUUCCUCAGCCAGUGCCACAUCCUGCGUGGGGGAAGUACAGACUACCAAGGCAGGCUCCACCUUGCUGAAGGCUGCGGGAGACACAGCCAUACGCCUGAUGCCCACAUUGGCCGUCACUGUGGGCGACCAGAAAUCUAGGAACUUCACUACUGUGUCCUCCCCGGACAAGAGUGGAGCCACCAUCCGGAUAAUGCCGGGCCUCGGCGUCAUUCCGCAGAAACAGGGUCAGACCAUAACAAUGACGACCACCACCGGCAGCAAGACGCUCACGGCGUCUACGUGUGCUAACGUAGUGACCAUGGCUGCCAGUGUUGUGGCUGGUGCUAAGGGGAUCACUGUGGCUCCCGGAGUCUCAGGUUCACCUCUGACAUUAGGAACAGCUACAGCCACUGUGCGGCAGGUCCCUGCUACAGUGGUUACUACACAAACGGGGAAGUUACCUACACGGAUCACUGUGCCCCUCUCUGUCCUCAACCAACCACUGAAGAGUAAGAGUGUUGUGACCACGCCGCUAGUCAAAGGAAGCCUUAACACAAAUAUCAGCACUCUGGGCAGGAACAUCAUUCUGACCACUAUGCCUGCUGGCACCAAACUGAUUGCAGGGAACAAACCCGUCAGUUUUGUCACAGCACAACAGUUCCAGCAGCUUCAGCAGCAAGGACAGGCCACGCAGGUUCGCAUCCAGACUGUUCAGGCGCAGCAGCUCCAGCAGCACAUGGCAACAGGCUCCCCGAAAUCUGUUUCCACGGUUGUAGUCACAACAGCGCCUUCGCCCAAAUGUGCACCCGAUCCUCCGCCUGCACCUCAACAGUGAUCCUGUGUAAUCGGCCAGUCCAGUGCACACGUACAGUACUUUCAUUCUGAAGCUUUUUCCCCGUUGUAGCUUGACUCUUUUCCACCCUUAAGUGUAGUUGUUGUUUAUUCCUUUUCAGUUUGGAUGACAAAAACCUGAAACAAAAUUCCUCUCCAGUGCUCAGAUUACAGAUUACAGAUUACAGGUUUGCUCUCUGUACAAUACCAGUGUCACCGAUCUGUUGAGAAACUGUUCAGUCCAGUUUUAUCCUCCACAUUGUUAGAAUGUAACCAGCUAACCAGGCUGAUAACAGCUACAAACACGUUCAGGCAGUUUGCAUUCAAAUCCUUGUUUACUUUUUCAUUAGUUGACAGACUUGUUCUGCUCUGUUGAUAUUUCACCUCAAAUGUAACUGAAGUUGCCAACUCAUUAAACUAUGAAUUCAAAUUGUCUAUAAAACCGUCAGUAGGAUGUUGUUUUUGUCGCUUCUGUAAAUGUUAGAUGGAAUAUUUGCAAAUGUGAAGUGUGUUUGACUUGAGUCAGUCUUAAUGAUUUGGAUGUUGUGACAUGUAGAUUUUUAUUAUUAUUAUUAUUAUUAUUAUUAUUAUUAUUAUUAUUAUUAUUAUUAUGAUACAUUAUUUGUUGAGUUAGCAGGUGUUUAAUUUAGUUAAAUAGAAAGGCUGUAAACACUUGACUUUAUGUAACUUUAACACAUGGAACAGUUCAUAAUUAACUUUAUUUUCUUUCAAAAAAAUAAUCAAAGUACAUUGUGCAAAAAACGGCAGACAAAUUAAAAAGAAAUCAAAACCUUGCAA